CUCUUGUUGCUCUCUGAUAGUUUACGAAGUCGUACGAAGUCACUUUCAAGUCCCGGUGGGGUUGUUCCGCAGUUUGACCCGCACAUCACGCGAGAUUCCACUUACCUCAUGGCACUUUCGACUCUCGGUCUACUGACGGUUGGUGCAAUUCCAACUGUCAUUGGUGUGGCCGAGGCCAUCGAUGCCCAAAAGAAACAGAACCAGCAAGCGAAAGAGAGGAUCAAAUUUAACCUUACUGCAAAGUUCUCUCACGAUGGAGUCGCACCGCCACAGACCGCGUAUGUAGUAUUUAAAGACAAUAAGCUCUACUUAGAUCACCCAGAAUGCCCCGUAGAGGGGUUCCGGUUCAACGGUUUCUAUUUUGGCUAUCCGUGUCCGGAAGAGCAUCAGGGUCUAGUUGCGCCCAUUGCCGCUGAUCCGCCUAUGCUCAACUGGAUCUACGCUGAUAAAGAUACGGGGUUACUACUUCACGGUGCAAGAAAGGAUACCGUGGGUCAUGUUAUAGGGCCUUGGAGCUGGACAGAAGACGAGGAAUAUUUGAUUCUCGAGGGCGAGAAAUACUUCGUCGCAGUUCAGAACGAUGACCAGUCUUGGUGUGUUUAUUAUGACAAAAACGGCGACCUAGAUGAGGUAAUGGCACCUCGCGAUGUAGUAGAGAUUGAACUACAUCGAGAAUUACAGCUAGGCGUAUCUAGUCGAUUGACUAGGGACUAGAAGUAGUUCAAACUAAACAUAAUAUUUAAAAAGUAGCCUUCGAUGCAGCAAA